AUGGCCAAACCUACGCACGAGUUUUACAUGCCGUCAGUGUACGAUGGUACCCGACUGAGCACCCGUAUCUACCGCCCGAGUGAAAGCGACCUACAACAACCUACGAUCAAGGGGGCUAUUAUUGCGCACCCUUACGCUACACUCGGAGGAAGCAAUGACGAUCCAGUCGUAUGCUCUGCUGCCGCCGAGCUUGUGCGGAAAGGAUACGUUGUGUUGACCCUGAACUUUCGCGGCGCAAGUGACUCCGGUGGUCAAACGAGCUGGACUGGGAAACCCGAACUGUGUGACUACAUCUCUGCCUAUGGAUUCAUACUCAAGUACCUCCAGCUUCUCGCGCCGUCCAAGCCCGUUGAGCUGGUCCUCGGCGGGUAUUCUUACGGAUCGAUGAUGGUAUACCAUCAACCCAAAGUGGAGGAUGUUGUCAGUCUAUUUGCCUCGCCAAAAAGCGGAUCUCUUGCAAGUGAACUAUUCGCAAAGGCUAGAGAGCUGCUCCAGGGGGAGAACAAGGACGAAAACAACAACCAAGAAGAUACCGAGUCUGAGUUACCGCUGGCAACAAUCUCAUACCUAAUCCUCUCCCCGGUUCUCUCACUAGCCUCUGGCCUAAUCACCCUCUGGUCGAAUCUCUCUCGCGUGUCGAUUCAGGGCAAGCAAUUAACCACACCGCCACCAGAAGAACAACUCCCCAAACACCGAACACUGGUUGUAUACGGAACCGAUGAUAUGUUUACAUCCGUAAAGAGCUUUCAACAGUGGACCGCGAAACUAAGCAAUUCCCCAGACAGUCAGGUCAGAAGCGUCGAAAUUCCGUUUGCAGGUCAUUUCUGGUUGGAGCAAAACUUUCAUGCACAAUUACGGAAAACUAUUAGCACAUGGCUGGAUGAUGCGCAGUGA